UUUGAGAAGUUUUUGAAUUUUUCUUGUUUUAGUUUUUGAAAUUACGUCACUUAUCUAGUUCAAUUGCAUAAAAUAAUAACAUGAUUUAAUACUAGAAGGUACAAAUUUCAUUUAUUGCUUAUAAUAACUUAAUGGAUUCGUAAGAAAAACGAGGAAAAAUGGAAAUUCAAACAAUUGUAACUGAACAGUACAACCAGCAGAAUAUGAUGUGGUCAGCCUUUCUUGGAGGGGGUGCAGCAGGAUUGUUUGUUGAUGUUGUACUUUUUCCAUUAGAUACUUUAAAAACCAGGUUGCAAGCUGAGCAGGGAUUUAAGAGCGCUGGAGGCUUUAGGGGCAUUUAUAAGGGAUUGGGCCCUCAGUUAGUAGGAAGUGCUCCACAAGCUGCUUUAUUUUUUCUUACUUAUGAGUCGAUAAAGGAGUAUUGUGAGCCUCGGGUUCCUAAACAUGCCAUGCCUUUGGUUUACAUGUUUGGAGCAUCCGUAGCUGAAGUGAUGGCUUGUCUAGUCAGAGUUCCCAUGGAAGUGGUGAAACAAAGAAAGCAAACCUCAGCUGGGUACAAAUCCUCUUGGAAAAUACUAAUGUCAGCUUAUAAAUAUGAAGGCUUCUUCAAAGGAGUUUAUAGGGGUUUCGGUUCAACAAUAAUGAGAGAAAUACCAUUUUCUGUGAUUCAGUUUCCUACACUUGAAUUUUGUAAAUCUAUGUACAGGACAAAACUGAAGAACAAUAUACAUCUAGACUCUUGGGAGGUGGCCAUAUGUGGUUCUUUAGCAGGGGGACUUUCUGCUGCUAUAACUACCCCACUGGAUGUAGUAAAAACGCGAAUAAUGUUAGCCGACCGAAAAACUGCCAAAUCGCUUACUUUCUUAAAGGUUUUCAAACGGAUUUUUAAAAGAGAAGGCAUCAGAGGGUUGUUUUCGGGGGUUGUUCCACGUACGUUAUGGAUUUUCCUUGGAGGGUACAUCUUUUUCGGUUCCUACGAUUUCGCUAAGAAUACCGUAUACGAAAUUCUCGAAGAAAGGAGACCACCAAUCAGAUAACAUUGGAAAAACAUUAUUAGAUAGUGGGGUAACAAGAGAUUCUUUCCAGCAAUUUGGGAAAUGACCAUGUUCAAGACAACUAUUGACAAUAUGAGUUAUAUGUAAUAUUAUCACAUGCAAACACAGUUUCACCAUCUGAAGUGUUAUGCCAUCAAUACCU